CCGCUGCUGCGUCUGGCCCCGCCCCACCAGACGCACCCAUUUUUGGGUGAGUGGGCACUGGUGAAAAGACUGCGUCGAAAGAGCCCAUUUUGGCGGAGAGAGAGCACAAACAUCUGCGGAGGGCCCGCGCUCUCUUUUUACACGGCGGGCGCCCCGCUGGGGCGCCCCUUACGUUUUGGACCAACGCCUUGGACCACGCGGCGGCCCUGCAGCGCUUCAAAAGGCGGCUGGGUCCUCACGGUGACCUGAUACAAAAAAAAGUCACCGUAGGAACUCCGCUGACCUGGUUGCCCACAGUGGCGCCAGGUCGCCGCCCGAAGUACUGCGUGUCACCGCGGCGUCGUACGGCAGCCGUAAGGCGGGCGAACGCCUCAGGCUCGCCGCAGCAGCCUCCACAAGGCCGCGGUGACCCGAACCGCGGGCCUGCCGGCCUCACACACCCUUCACGCCGCCGCCGCGACCGCGCAAGACACUCACCCACGACGCAACGCAGGUAUACACCAUGGGCAAGACCAUCAAGUCGCUCCGGCGCAACCCGGACGCCCCAUUAUGGCGCGACGUCUUGAAAUCCAUAAAAGCGAAGCCCAAACUAGCCUUCUACUUCGCCAAACCGGUAGACCACGUCGCGUUGAAUAUUCCGUUGUAUCCUACCAUCGUGAAGACUCCCAUGGACCUCCAGACCAUAGAAAGGAAGCUCGCCGCAAAUGAAUAUGCCGAGCUCGACGACUUCGCCACGGACGUGCGAUUAGUGUUUAGCAACGCCAUGCUCUUCAACAAGAACGAGCAGCACCAGGUCCACAUUGCUGCUCGCAAAUUAUCAACUUUUUUUGAGCUGAAAUACGAGGAGCUGAAACGAGGCCACCAGCGCGAGAAGCGCGACGCGCCGGGGCGGAGGGAUCGACCUCCUCCCAGACCUCAUGGCGCCUUCGCGUCGCAGCCUCGAGCGGCCUUCUUGGCGCCGGCGACGACGCGCGGCGCCUCGCGGCAGCAGAAGCGCAAGCAAGAAGUCCCGGAGGGCAUGGUUCCGGCCAGCGUCGUCGAGAAGCUCCGGGCGGACAUGGAGCUCAUGCGCAAGGAGGUCGAGCGGCUGAAGCGGCAGAAUAGCUCGGUCGAGGUCUCGGAACCCUCAUCUACGGACGACUCCGACGAGUCCUCGAACGACGGUUCUCUCAAACCGCGGCGACCUCUCGCCAAAUUACGGUUCAGAGUGUCAUCGAGAGAUGACGGCAUCGCCACUUCUCAUAGCACGGACACGUUGGGUACUGUCUCCGUGGCAACGUCACCGCUAGGCACGUAUGAUCCGGACGCGUCGCUCGACGGCCUCGACGCGGACGACGUCGCUAGACUCAGAAGUGCAAUGGUCGAGAUCGGAGAUGACAACGAAGUCGCGUUGGCGACGCGGACGCCGCCCGACGCGCCGCCGCCGAAAAAGCACCGCUACUCCAUGUCGCCGGCGGCCUUGGACCUGCCUCGACCCGAUACUUUACGGAGCGGCUCGGAGUACUCGCUCGACCCGCUGCCACAGGCUGGUAGCACGUCGCCGCUCUGGGCGUUCCCCGAGGAGGACCUGCCGGCGGAAUAG